AUGAAUUUUGUUGCUUUGCUUGUUGCGUAUUAUUUCUCUGGUGCACUCGAUGACGUUUCUGGCUUUCCUUUUAUCGCAAGCAAGCGAGCAGAAAAGUUGAACGAAACGAAGGUGUGGUUUGUGAUCAGAGUCGGGCCGAUGGACAGCGAGUGUAAUGUGUAUGUAAAACGCGAGCUUGCCAGACCCGCUUUGCCUGCCUUUCGCCUCCCAAUGCCACUAAAGCACACGCUGUCCCGACUAUCCCGUGCACCCUCAACCAUGCCCAUGGCCGGCCCUGCAGUCAUCCUUCCACACCCCCGUCGCGCUUCCCAAUCGCUCAUCCGCAUUGAUGCUCUUCAGGCCUGUCUUCUCCGGACAACGGUUACUUGA